CCGACCCGCUAUCCCCCACGGCUUUUACUGCGCCCUCCGAGCAAACCAGAGAGGAGGACAGAGCACACGACGCGCGCAAGAGAGAGACACUACGGCAAUGGCGGAGGGGAAGCUGCUGCUGCGGUCGUUCGUGGAGGUGCCGAGGGACUCGCACUUCCCCAUCCAGAACCUCCCCUUCGGGGUCUUCCGCAGGAGGGGCCAGCCCGAGGGCCCGCCGCGCCCGGCGACGGCCAUCGGGGACUUCGCGCUCGACCUCGCCGCCGUCUCCGCCGCCGGCCUCUUCGACGGGCCCCUCCUCUCCGCCUCGCCAUGCUUCCACCAGGAAACGCUCAACAUGUUCUUGGGGUUGGGCCGGCCGGCGUGGAAGGAGGCGCGCGCCACGCUCCAGAAAAUCCUCUCAGCUGAUGAGCCGGUGCUGCGUGACAACGAGGCCUUGAGGAAGAACUGCCUUGUGCCAAUGAGUGAUGUAGAGAUGCUUCUUCCUAUCACGGUAGGAGACUACACGGAUUUCUUUUGUUCUGUGCACCACGCAAGGAACUGUGGAUUCAUCUUCCGCGGACCACAGACUCCAGUCAAUCCGAAUUGGUUUCAUUUACCAGUUGGUUACCAUGGACGGGCAUCAUCUGUAAUCAUAUCUGGAACAGACAUUAUUCGACCCAGAGGACAAGGUCAUCCAACAGGAAGCUCUCAACCUUAUUUCGGUCCUUCUCAAAAGCUUGAUUUUGAACUUGAGAUGGCUGCCAUUGUUGGACCAGGGAAUGAACUGGGCAAACCUAUUGAUAUUGCUGACGCUGAGGAUCAUAUAUUUGGCUUAGUGGUAAUGAAUGAUUGGAGUGCCAGAGAUAUUCAAGCCUGGGAGACCAUACCUCUUGGACCUUUCCUUGGCAAAAGCUUCAGUACAUCUGUAUCACCUUGGAUUGUGACUCUGGAUGCCCUAAAGCCUUUUGCCUGUGAGGCUCCUAAGCAGGAACCUGAGCCUUUGCCUUACUUAGCUGAAAAGAAUCAUAUAAACUAUGACAUUCCUCUUGAAGCUUGGAUUAAGCCCAAAGAGCAAAGCGACGCAUCAAUUGUCACAAAGACCAAUUUCAAACAUAUGUACUGGACCGUGACGCAGCAACUAGCACACCACACUGUGAAUGGAUGCAAUCUGAGACCAGGGGACAUGUUUGCGACUGGCACCCUCAGUGGACCUGAACCAGACUCUCUGGGAUGUUUGCUGGAGAUAACGUGGAACGGGCAGAAGGAGAUAUCGGUUGGGAAUUCGAUCCGCAAGUUCCUCCAAGAUGGGGAUGAAGUCAUCUUGACAGCCUGUUGCAAGGGCGAGGACUACAACGUUGGAUUCGGAACCUGCACCGGGAAGAUUCUGCCGUCGCUUCCAUGAGCCAAGACGGGGGAUGAUCUUCAGUUCUUGGAAUAAAGCAGGCAGUGUGUUUAGCAAGCUGCCAUGUAUCUUGAAGGGCUUAGCAAUGGCGGUAAAUAGUAAUAAAAUUGGGAUGAAUUCCCCCCUAGUGAUGAUGUGAUAACUUGAUUGCUUUAGUCGGUACUUCCUCGAUGAUAUCGUGAUUCUACCGUGUGUCA